CGGAACUAGAAUGUUUGAACAGAAUUGGGCUUACUUGGUUGCGCCUGGUGCCCAUUCCAAGUUUGGUCCUGUGUUCUGGGCGAAUGCGAAGGCUCAUGUCACGCGGCUUCUAGAAUAAAGCCACUUUCCAGUGACUUGACUCUCUCUAUCUUUCCUUUUCCGCCGUUCCUAACCCUACAAGCUUCGUCUCGUAAAGAAAAUGAGGACAGUGCUUUCGCGCUUGAUCCAUUCCACGCCUUCCAUUUCCAGGAUCAAUGCAGUGUCAAUCCGCGGGAGAGAUCUCUUCUUUCCAAAUGUCUGCUUUAAAGUUGAAGAAGCAGUUAAUGUGCCUCCACCCCCAACGGAAAAGGUUGUUCUGUUUGGAGGCGAUUGGUUUGUUGGAUCACACUUUUUUAGAGAAGCCCUAGAACGUGGCAUGUCUGCUGGGAGUCCUAGCAGGUCUGGUAGGUCAUCCCUGCAUGAUUCCUGGGCUAGGAAUUUUGCUUGGUAUCAAGGGAAUCUCUUUUCAACUGCUUCAUUGAGAAAACAUCUGAAUGGGGCCACUGCUGUUAUCUCAUUUAUGGGUGGUUUUGGCUCCAACAUCAAAGCUAUUAGAGCAGCUUCAGAUCAAGGUGUUAAAAGAUUUGUCUAUAUCUCUGCUGCUGAAUGUGGUGUAGUAAAUGACUUACUGCAGGGCUAUAAUAUAGGAAAGAGAGCUGCUGAAACAGAGCUUCUGAACAGAUUUCCAUUUGGAGGAGUAAUUCUGAGGCCAGGAUUUUUAUAUGGGCCAGGAUUUUUUUAUGGGCCUCGAAGUGUUGCAUCUCCAUUGGAAAUGGUUCUCCAAGUUGCUAAACCAUCGAACCAGAUCCCACUUGUUGGGCCUUUGUUGACACCUCCUGUCAGUGUUACUGCGGUGGCAAAAGUUGCUGUUACAGCUGCUACUGCUACUGAUCCUGUAUUUCCCCCGGGGAUCAUUGAUGCCUAUGGAAUACGACGUUUACUGUCAGAAUAAAUCAAACUAGAAUUAUCUUUCUUUUGUUUUCUGGGUAAAUCUAAUUUGGGGCGAUUUGCUUCUGAAUAUCCGUGUUUUACUAUUAUUGUUAAACUGAGAAUAUUUCUCCAUACCAAAUCCUUGAAAGAAUAAAAUCUGAAAGUGCGUGCGUGCAUGUAGCCAUA